UUCCAUGUACUAUUAUCUUCUUGAAACAGUUCUGUUUAUGGCCUUUUAACUAUUUUAUUCCAAAUAAACCCCUUUUUCUUCAAGUGCAUGCCUUCUUUCCUGUCUUCACCUUUCCUGAAAGCUAUGAUUGCUAUUUCCCAUUCUCAUAUCAUCUAGUUGAUGGUUAUUUAUUCAUUAAAAUCUCAUCUCUUUGGCCAUCAAAACUUGAAAGAAAGCAUUUAUCCUCUUCACUGGUUCUUCUUGUUGAUGCAGGUGGUUCAACUGCAUGAAUUUAUAAAGAGUUAAACCGUUCUCAGUGUCUUUCUGGUUAAGACUAGUGAAAGAUCAUCUUCACCAUGCCACCUACAUAUUUCCCUCUUCGCUGGGAAAGCACUGGUGAUCAGUGGUGGUAUGCAUCUCCCAUAGAUUGGGCGGCGGCUAAUGGCCACUAUGACUUGGUCCGAGAGCUGCUUAGGAUUGAUGGAAAUCACCUCAUCAAGCUCACCUCUUUGAGGAGGAUCCGGCGACUCGAGACCGUGUGGGACGAUGAAGAACAGUUCGAUGAUGUUGCUAAAUGUCGUUCACAAGUUGCUAGGAAGCUUUUUCUCGAGUGUGAAUCGAAGAAAGGGAAGAACUCACUUAUAAGAGCUGGCUAUGGCGGAUGGCUUAUCUACACUGCAGCCUCAGCUGGAGACUUGGGGUUCGUCCAACAACUGCUUGAAAGGAACCCUCUUCUGGUUUUUGGAGAAGGGGAGUAUUGUGUUACUGAUGUGCUUUAUGCUGCUGCAAGGGGUAAAAAUUUAGAGGUUUUUACGCUUAUGUAUGAUUUCGCCGUCUCACCGAGGUUUCUGACGGCCAAAGGCGAUGGAUUUGAGGAGCACAUCGGGGAAAUUCCUUCGGUUUAUAAAAGGGAAAUCACAAACAGAGCUGUCCAUGCUGCUGCUAGAGGAGGAAAUUUAAAUGUUUUGAAGGAACUUCUUUGUGAUUGUACUGAUAUUUUGGUUUACAGAGAUAAGCGUGGCUCAACUAUAUUGCAUGCUGCUGCUGGGAAAGGCAAAGUUGAGGUUGUUAAAUAUCUGGUUGCGUCUUUCCAUAUCGUAGACUCCAUAGAUGAUCAAGGCAAUACAGCUUUGCAUGUUGCUGCCUACAGGGGUCAAUCAGCUGUCGUUGAGGCUUUGAUUCUUGCAUCUCCUUCGUUGAUCUCUGUAAAGAACAAUGCUGGGGAAACAUUUCUUCAUUCGGCAGUGUCCGGUUUCCAGACUCAGGCAUUCCGAAGAGCGGAUCGGCAGGUUAAUCUUAUGAAGAAACUGGUACAAGCAAGGAAUUUCAGCAUGGAAGACAUUGUCAAUGCUAAAAGCAAUGAUGGGAGGACUGCUCUUCAUAUGGCCAUCAUUGGUAAUGUUAAUGCUGAUCUAGUUGAACUCCUGAUGUCUGCGAAAUCAAUUGAUGUGAACAUCCAUGAUGCGAAUGGGAUGACCCCACUUGAUCUUCUGAAACAAAGGCCUCAUUCGGCUUCGUCGGAUAUACUUAUCCGGCAUUUAAUUUCGGCAGGUGGGAUGUUUGGUUGUCAGGAUUACAUUGCAAGAAGAGCAUUAGCUUCACACAUAAAGAUGCAAGGCCAUGGAAGCAGUCCUGGAACAUCUUUCAGGAUAUCCGACACCCAAAUCUUCUUGUACACCGGCGUUGAGACGACAUCAGAUGCUAGUGAUCUAGGCAGCGGAGGAAAGAGUCGAUCAUCAUCGAUGGAUUUCGAUUCAGCCGAUGACAACAGGAAGUCAUCCGUGGAUAAAAAACCUGAAGGUUCCAUAAACAAAGCAGCACAGAGAUUGAAAAGUGUUCUCCAUUGGCCACGGAUGAAGGAUCAAAAGCAGAAGAGAUUAAAGAAAAGAAUCGAUGAAAGUUUCUCAGAAGAAACUCCAAUCCCUCUCAGACAGAGGUUCUCGAAGUCAUCGUCACUCCCAAACAACAAGAGGACACUUUCCGUGAGGAGCAAUCCAUCCAGUCCCAUUGCGAAGAAGAAACUGGCUUCAGGGAUAAUCCAUGGCGUUAUGCAAGCCAUGCCACAGAUAACCAUUCCUCGAAGAUCUCGUUCGAGUUCGUUUUCAAAAUCAUCCACUCUAUCUUCUCCAAUGUCAUUGGAUAAACAAAAAGGGGUUUUCAAUGAAGUUGAUAUUGCUGGACCGUCUUGUUUGAACCCGAGGAUCGAUGAUGAAAAGCCAGAUACAAACGAGAAACAAAGGCCGAUAAAAAGGGGGUUAAGGAGUCAAUAUUUCUGCUUCGGAGGCUCACGGCUGGCUAUUAAAACACCAACCAGCAGGCAAAGGCAGAAUCCAGCCAUGUUCUCAAUGGGUUGAGUGCGUCGACUCUUGAUGAUCAACCACCUGAGACUAUGUAAAAGGCAACUUACUGGCAGAGGUGAAAGGUUUAGUAAUAUUUGUAACUUGCUGCUGCCUGUUUGACAUGUGUAGGUUAUGUACUUAGAUUAAAACAAAUGUAUGAGUUGUGUACUUUUCAUGUCUCACUGUAAGUGACGUAGCCCAAAAACUAGUGUAAUGUCCUAAGUAGUUUGUUUCUCUUUGAUGUUCA